AUGAAAACUGUAAAGCUCCUAGCCUCAUUAAUUGGGGCUGGCUUGUUGUCCUGUUCGACGAUCGAUGCCAUUGUGGCGGGGGUAGACUUUGGUGGAGAGUAUUUCAAGGUGGCACUUGUCAAGCCCGGCACCCCAUUUGAGAUCGUCACUAAUGUACACAGCAAGCGCAAGACUGAAACGAUUGUGGCCUUUGACGGCGACGAGCGCCUUUAUGGGGCAGACGCUGCUACUGUGGGUGUACGCAGACCUCAAACAGCGUACAUGCAAAUCCGUCGUCUUCUAGGUACGAAGCUGAGCGAUCCACAGGUCAUAGCCCUGCGAGAUGAGGAGCAUCUACCUUAUGAGCUGAUUCAAAACGCCACGCGUGGCGGCACUGUCAUGCUUCAACACGGAAAAAAACAGUUCUUUCACGCUGAGGAACUCGUUGCUAUGGUGUUUACCCACGCGCGCCAGAUCACUGAUACCUUUGCUGAGGCGUCUGUGAAAGAUUGGGUGCUCACAGUUCCUACUUACUUUUCCCAAGCCCAGCGCCAGGCUAUGCUAGAUGCUGCUGAUAUUUCGGGUGUGCGUGUUCUGUCGCUAAUUAAUGAAAACACGGCGGCAGCGCUUCAGCUGGCCGUGCAUUCAAGUUUUGAUCCUGAGGAAAAGCCAAAAAAAAUUCUAUUUUACAACAUGGGCUCUACUUCACUGCAGGUGAGCAUCGCCGAAUUUUCAAGUCAGGUGGUGCCGGACGGAUUCAAGAAGAAUAAGACUAUUUCUAUCUUUCAGACUAUAAGCAAUGCGUGGGAUGAAUCGUUAGGUGGUGCCAAGUUUGACUUGCGUCUGGCUGAACACUUGGCCCAGGAAUUCAGUGACAAGAUUGGUGAAGAUAUUCGAAAAGUGCCUCGUCCGAUGGCUAAGAUUCGUGCACAAGCGAAGAAAACAAAGACAGUACUGUCGGCCAACGAAGAGAUUCCUGUUGUCAUGCAAAGUCUGCAUAACGACAUCGACUUUUUUACGUCCAUGACACGCACAAAACUCGAAGCACUUUCAUCCGAUCUUUUUGAACGCACUUUGAAGCCCGUGGAGGUGGCACUGGAAAAAGCUGGACUCACUGCUGCUGACAUUGAUGAGAUUGAACUUAUUGGUGGUGGUGUGCGUAUGCCCAAAAUUCAGCAGCAGCUGUCCGAGUUCUUUGUCGGAAAAGAUCUAGGUGUGCAUCUUAACGGUGAUGAAGCCAUGGCAUUAGGUGCCGCAUUUCGAGCUGCCAACUUGAGCAACUCGUUCCGUGUGCGACAGGUAGGAAUGACUGAUAUCGCGACUUAUCCAAUAGGUGUGCGCCUUGUGGAUCUGUCGUCAUCUGAGCUCACGAAUAAUAAGGAAGAGGAAGAUAUGAAGCAGUGGAUGAAGCGUGCAGCGCUAUUCUCGGAGUCGCAUCGCCUUGGUGUGCGCAAGUCGGUGUCGUUCUCGCAUUCAAGUGACUUAUCCUGUACCUUUCGUUACGACAAGCCGUCAAUGCUGCCUGUAGGUGUGAAUGUUCACAUUGGUACAUUCAAUGUAACGGGUGUCGAAAAGUUUGCUGCACGUAUGGCUGACAAGAAUCUAGGUGAACCAAAAGUUACGCUCACUUUUGAGCUGGACAGUAAUGGUAUUGCUCAGAUUGCGAAGGCUGAAGCCACGCUCGAAGAGGAAGUCGAAGUUGAAGUUGUUUUGAAGAAGGAAAAGAAGAGCAAGAAAUCGAAAAAGGAAGAUAGCAGCACAGAUAGCAGUGCAGCCGGUGAUGAAAAGAUGGUCGAGGAGGAAGAGAAGCCAGAGACCAGGAUGGAGAAGCAGAUAAAAACCCACCGAGAAAAGCUGAUUGUUGUGCGCGCGCAUGACGCGCGUGAACCCGAAGAUGAUGUUAGUGUUCUUCCUAUGAGCGAGCAUGCAAAGAAGGAGUCGAUGCGGAUGCUGAGAGAGAUGGAGAAUGACGACAAUAAGCGUCGUGCGGAUCUUGAGGCCAAGAAUAAUCUUGAGACUUUUAUUUACACAGCUCACGAUGCUCUUUCGGCCCAGGAAAGCCAGAUCAAGCUAGUUACAAUACCAGAGCAGCUUGAGUCGCUUCAAAAGAAGUUGACGGAGACAGAAGAGUGGUUGUACAAUGAUGGAGAACACGCAGAGGCUGCAGAGUACAAGACGAGAAUGGAGGAGCUGAAGUUAGAACUUGAUUCCAUUCUUUUCCGCGUGGCGGAGCUGAAAGAGCUACCGAUUGCAAUAAGUAACGCGAAAGAGUACGCUUCCACUACGCGCGAGCUCGUGGAUGAAUGGAGCACGAGUAAGCCGCAAGUGACGGAUGAGGAGCGCAACGAUGUGGUCGAGAAGCUCAAUGAGUUAGAAGCAUGGCUCACUGAUUCCGAGUCUUCGCAGAAGACCGCCCCGAAGCAUGAGAAGCCUCUUGUGACGUCGGCAGAUGUCGCUAAAAAAGUUCAAAGUGUCAAAAAGUUUGUCGUUGUUUUGGCGAAGCGACCGAAGCCACAGCCGGUGAAGACUCAGGAGAACGAUAUUGAAGGGUUUGGCUCCAAGACUGAAGACGAGACUUCGUCUAAGAUUGCUGACGAAGAUACAGAUGCCACCAAGUCUGAGAACGAGAAGCCUGCUGGUGAGAAAGAUGAGACAGAUGUCACCAAGUCUGAGAACGAAAAACCUGCUGAAGAGAAGGAUGAGUUGUAG